AUGGAAGAGAUUUAUACACUGGAUAGCUAUGGGGAUCCCAUUCGUUUUCCUCUGAAACGCUACUUUGAGGAAUUUGCCAAUUCCUCACGUGGGGUUCCAAGCAACAAACCUGAUGAAAGCACCAAUGAGACUGAGUAUUUAUUAGCAAUUAAGGACUUGAUGGGGGCGGAAAUCUCCUACAAUGAAUUAAAACACUUGUCUGAAGAGUGCAGUAUUGAUCAGUUAACUUGUGAGGAAGAGGACACUAAACAUUUUCCAACUAAAUUACCAGAAAAUAUCAAUUCCAGCACAAAACUACCGGGCACGUUCAUUACAAAUGAAAGUAACCACUUCGCCAUCAAUAAAUUUAUACAAGAAAUGGAAAAACAAAAAAAUCCGUCACAGUCAUGUAUAGGCAAUAAACGAAGUUACUAUCCAAGAUUAGAGUUUCCCGUGUCGCCUUAUCCCCCAGACCUCAAGCCAGGUUCCGAUUUUGUCGCUUCAAUAUUAAUAUACAGACCAGUGGAAUUCAAAUUUUUCCAUGCUAAAAACGCAUCUGAAAAAUUACGAUUCAGUCACGAAAUAGUCGUUCUAGGUCGAAACACUUUAACUGAGUUGAGGGACACAAUCAUGUGCUCAUCAGAUUUUGGCCUUUGCAAAGAAGUUGAGAACACAUCAGCUGAUCUGAAACCACUGGCUAAUGCGAGAAACAUAUACCCCUCUGGUUUUAUUUUCAUUGACAACGUUUUUUACAACGACUUUCGCGACCCUAACUCCAUUGAUUAUUCAUUCCCGAUUAUUGAGUGGGCCAAGGAGAAGCAAAUCAAAAACCUCUCAAGCGAAAAUAUGGAAAAUGUUCGCAUCGAAAGUCUCACACCCAGAUUUGGGUACCCGUACUUGUACAUGCAUCAAGGAGACUGCGAACAUUUGUUUAUUUUUGCCGACGCGAGGCUUCUGAAUUCUAGCGACUGUCUGCAUUCGCAGUUUUAUCCGCACGUUUUGAAAAUCAAUCGCAACAUAAACAGAAUGUGUUUCAUGUGCUCGGUUUCGUUCGCCAAGUGGAUAGUUGUUGACAGUGACCGACUGCCCCAACAUAAAGUUUUCAUGUGCACCGACUGUUGCAAUUCUUAUAAUUACGUAAACGGGGAGAAGUUAGGUAGCUUUAAAUUGUACCCAUACUAUGAAAAGCACGUUGUUGUAUGA